CUGCAGACUGCAGUAGCAACGCCUUUCCAUGUGUUUUGCUUGUAAUUCCCGGCUUUCCAAAAGCGGUGCCCUUUCCUCCCUCCCCCGCACGUGUCCCGCGACCCCGGACGGAUCUCGCCUCGGAUCCUUGAAUCCUCCCCCCUUCCGCCGCCGCCGGGCGCUAGUGCAGUAGUAUACAGUAGUCUACUUGCAGCCAGUAGCAGCGCUGUUGCUGCCAGGGACAGUGGUCUCCUCUUCUUCUUCCUCUUCCUCACCGAGUGGCAUUCCGGACUUGCGGUUGCUGCGCCCGAGCGACUGAGCGGGCGCUUCUCCCCUGCCGCCGGCCGGGCCGGGCCGUGCCGUGGCCCGUGGGCGUGGGGAAGAAAAGGAGAGGGCUUUGCUUUGCUUGCUGAUCUCUGCGUGCCGUGCCCGUGGGUUGGUUGGUUGGUUGGUUGGUUGGGGGAAGAAAAGCAGAGGAGGGAGGAAGAGGAAGGCUCACGGUUCACGGGGUCUGCGCUGCGCAGCGCAGUGGCGGGGGAGCCUCAGCCAGCCAGCCCAGCCGCCUUUGCUUUUACUUACAAGGAAAGUGCCGCCUCGGCAACAUACAUCCCAACUGCCCCUUACGGCGACCGCUCCCCUCCUGCCGCGCCUACAUAUAGUAGUAUCUCGGCUGCGCGUCCGCACUGCUCGAUCUCUCUCUCGCCCCAUCUCCUUGCUGCGCCGUCCGUGCGUCCGCUGAUCCUCUCGGCUGGGCAAGGUUGGUCUGUGGAUGAGCAUGGGGCGCUACGCCGGCUCCGCGGAUCCGAGGGCGCCGGAGCCGGUGGAGGUCGUCAAGGACUGGAACGGCGUCGCCCACGCCGUGCUCCGCUCGCCCAGGGGAGCCACCGCACGGGUGAGCCUGCACGGCGGCCAAGUCGUCUCCUGGAAGAACGACCGCGGCGAGGAGCUCCUCUUCACCAGCAGCAAGGCAAUCUUGAAGCCGCCAAAGGCGAUGCGUGGUGGAAUUCCGAUAUGCUUUCCUCAGUUUGGAAACACUGGGACGCUGGAGCGACAUGGAUUUGCAAGGAAUAAGAUCUGGGCCUUAGAUGAUGAGCCUCCUCAAUUAAAUCAUAGUGAUAAUGGCAGCAAAGCUUUUGUUGACCUUAUCCUAAGGCCAUCUGAUGAAGACCUGAGGUGCUGGCCACAUUGUUUUGAGUUCCGCCUGAGAGUCUCUCUUUCAAAGGAUGGUGACCUGUCACUAGUAUCGCGUGUCAGAAAUGUUAAUUGCAAGCCAUUCAGUUUCUCAUUCGCUUAUCACACCUAUCUCUCUGUUUCUGACAUCAGUGAGGUGAGAAUAGAAGGCUUGGAGACCCUUGAUUAUCUUGACAAUCUUAGCCAGCGAGAACGUCAUACAGAACAAGGAGAUGCCAUAACAUUUGAGUCAGAGGUUGACCGAGUCUAUGUUAGCUCACCAAAUGUAAUAGCUGUUCUUGACCAUGAGAAGAAGCGCACAUUUGUCAUAAGAAAGGAAGGACUUCCUGACACUGUUGUGUGGAAUCCAUGGGAGAAGAAAUCAAAGACUAUAGCAGACUUCGGCGACGAGGAGUACAAGCAGACGCUGUGUGUCGAUGCUGCUGCUGCGGAGAGAUCGAUCACACUGAAACCAGGGGAGGAGUGGAGAGGGAAGCUGGAGCUUUCCGCGGUUCCAUCGACAAACUGCAGUGAUCAUCUUGAUCAACCUGGCAUCAUGUAAUCUAGCAUGUAGUUUGUCAUGACAGAUUAACAAUGCUAUGUAGUACUAUAGCCACCUGUGAAGGAAAGACAAAUGUACUACCUCUUCCAUUUUGACAUUUUGUACAUUGGAUGAGAGUAGGUUCCUUCCUCUGUGAUCGAUGAACCAGUGGCACUAUUUAAAUCUUCGCCGGUGUUUCGACCCAGUUUCUGGAAUCAUAUAAUCUACCUUUAAA